AGGGUGGGGGGAAGGAGGAGACAGAGCGAGAGAGCCGGAAGAGGAAGAGGAAGAGGCGAGCGACGACGACGACGAGGAGGAGGAGGAAGGGGUUGUUGGUGGGCUGUUGAGAGGAAGCUUCUGGAAGCCGCCAUGGGGGACUCGAGCGGGUCGGUGUCCAUCGACGUGGAGCGGAUCUACUUCGGCGGCAAGGAGCAUCCUGUGAGAACAAGAUACGGCCCUGUAUCUGUAUCCGUGUACGGAGACGAAGACAAGCCAGCGCUCAUAACGUACCCGGAUGUAGCUCUGAAUUACAUGUCCUGCUUCCAAGGAUUGUUCUUCUGCCCAGAGGCUGCGUCCCUGUUGCUUCACAAUUUUUGUAUCUACCAUAUUACUCCUCAAGGCCAUGAGUUGGGAGCAGCUCCGAUUCCAUCGGAUGUACCUGAGCUAUCUGUUGAUAAUCUCGCGGAUCAGGUCGCGGAUGUUCUUGAUUUCUUCGGUUUAGGGUCUGUGAUGUGCAUGGGUGUCACCGCCGGUGCCUACGUGCUUACCCUCUUUGCAGCAAAGUACAGGGAAAGGGUUCUUGGCCUGAUGUUGGUUUCACCUCUAUGCAAAGCCCCAUCUUGGAGUGAGUGGUUGUAUAACAAGGUAUUGCUAAACUUACUUUAUUAUUGUGGUACUAGUGGACUAGUGAACGAAUGCCUCCUUCAGCGGUAUUUUAGCACGGAAGUUCGUGGUAGUGGACAAGAACCUGAAUCGGAAAUUGUCCAGGCCUGUAGAAGUUUACUUGAUCAGAGGCAGGGUGUUAAUGUAUGUCGAUUCCUUAAAGCAAUAAACGAGAGGCAUGACAUAACUGAAGCACUGAAGAAGCUCCGGUGCCGGACGCUGAUUUUCGUGGGAGAGAACUCACAGUUUCAUGCCGACGCUGUCCACAUGACCACGAAACUAGAUCGGAGAUACUGCGCCCUAGUCGAGGUUCAGGCAUGCGGGUCGCUGGUCACCGAGGAGCAGCCACACGCAAUGCUGAUCCCGAUGGAGUACUUCUUGAUGGGAUACGGGCUCUACAGACCGUCCCAGCUCGAGAGCAGCCCCCGCAGCACCCUGAACCCGUUCUGCAUAUCGCCGGAGCUGCUGUCGCCCGAGAGCAUGGGGGUGAAGCUGAAGCCCAUCAAGACUCGGACCUCCCUCAAUGUUUAAACAACAUGUGGUGGGAGAUGUUGGAUGGCCUGACGAUGCAGCUCGCAAAGGAGCAAAGAUUGCUUUGGUCGAGCUGAUCGGAGCACGGUCACCAUCGCGAGACAAGUUUUGAUACCUUCCGGUACCUUGGCACGCACGCACGCAUGCAUAGAUUGAUACGUUAAUGGCAGCAUUUGCUGUAGAUUGCUGUAAGCCUGUAAUCUACGUCGUCUGGGAUAGGCAAGGGGAAUAGGGUUGAGGUUGUAGUGGAGGAAUACGGCUGUUUGUUUCUUUGUUGAUAUGCUUUGUAGUAUCCCACAUCACAUGUGUAUAUGUCAUCAGGUCAUUUCACACAGGAAAGCAAUAUAUAAUAUAUAUAUGGUAAAGCA